CUGCUCACUACCGCUGCUCUCGCUCCCUCCCUUGCUUCAUGUUCAUUUAUUUUGUUUCCUCGACCCACACCACAGAUCAACGCCACCGCGACGCUUGACUGACUGAGAACCUCGCCUUCUGUUCUGGCGCGCACACCUCUAAAAGACCCUCCUUCGCUUUGCACCACCGACCGUGCCACUCUACUACGUAAAGCCCAGCAAGAUGCCAAACCUCGGCGACGUGUUCCCGGACUUUGAGGCCGACACCACGGAGGGCCCCAUCAAGUUCCACGACUGGCUCGGCGACAGCUGGGGCCUCCUCUUCUCCCACCCGGCAGACUUCACCCCGGUCUGCACCACGGAGAUGGGCGCCAUGGCCAAGAUGAAGCCCGAGUUUGACAAGCGCAACUGCAAGCUCAUUGGCCUCUCCUGCGACCCCGUCGACUCCCACAAGGCCUGGUCGAAGGACGUGUGCGACUACGCCAGCUGCGGCGCGUCCCUGCCCUUCCCCAUCAUCGCCGACGACAAGCGCGAGCUCGCCGUCAAGCUCGGCAUGCUCGACCCCGACGAGAAGGACAAGGAUGGCAUGCCGCUCACCGCCCGCGCCGUCUUCAUCGUCUGCCCGCACAAGCGCCUCAAACUCUCACUCCUCUACCCGGCGUCCACGGGCCGUAACAUCCCCGAGCUCCUGCGCGUCCUGGACUCGCUCCAGCUCACCGUCGACCACAAGGUGGCCACCCCGGCCAACUGGAAGGACGGCGACGACUGCAUGGUUGUGCCCUCUAUCAAGCCCGAGGACGAGGCCAAGAUGUUCCCCAAGGGCGUCAAGGCCCGCGACGUGCCCUCGGGCAAGCGCUACCUCCGCUUCACCCCGCAGCCCAACAAGUAAACUGGCACCCGCGAAGCAAGCAUGCACACACACACUCCCGCACUGACUGUACCGCAUUUUGCCGUGUCAUUUCCUGGCGUUGACGUUGACACUGCUUCGCCAGUAUCGUGUGUGUUUGUGUGUGUGUGUGUGUUUGUGUGUGUCAGUGCGUGCGUGAGGGGACCUUUCCCCUUUGUGCCCAUCUUGGGCUUUCUUGCUUUCCUCCGUGUUACUGAUGCUUUUCUUCUGCCCCCCCCCCCGAGCUUGCAUGCACGCAUGCAAGCGUGCUCGCGUGUGAUAUGGUUAUGUCAUCACUGUUCCCUCUCAAUACACAAGUCACAAGGCGA